GGCGGCGCGCCGGGGGCCGAUGGCCCGCGGCGGGGGGCCCGGCCGCGGGGAGGCCCAGCAGGGGGCCCGCGGUGGCGUGCCCGUCCCGUGGCACGUGGCGGACUACGCGGCCAAGCUGGGCCUCCUGCUGUGCCUCGGCUGCGAGGUGUCCACGCCGGCCGCUGCGGCCGACGACGGCCCCGUGCCGCGGGGCGCGCUGAGCGCGGCCGCCGGAGACUGGACCUGGGCCAAGUCGGCGCUCUUCGUGACCACGCCGGCGGCGCUGGCGGCCCGCUGCUGCGACCGCCUGCUCGGCCUGGCGGGCUGGGGCGCCCCGCUGUGCCCGGCGGCCCUCAAGGACGUCCUCGAGGGCGCGCUCUUCCUUCCGGCGGCCGCCCUCCUCUGCUGCGGCCCGCCGCUCGCGGGCCUGUGCUGGCCGCCGGAGGCAACGGCCGCCGCGCAGGUCCGAGCGGGCAGCCGCCAGCAGCGCCAGGAGGAGGCCUGGCCGGGCGGGCCGGAGAGCGCCUGGAGGGCCGCCGUCUGCGGCCUGGCGGCGGCGGCGGUGGCCGCGUCGCUGGCCAAGACCGCCCUCGGCGUGGCCCUCCUGUGCCGCGGCGCGCCCGCGCGCGACGCCUGCGCCGCCACGGGCACGCCGUGGACGCCGCGGGCGCCGUCGCCGGCGCCGCAUUGGGAGCACCUGGAGUCCGCGCCGCCGCCGCCGGUGGGCACAGGCGACAUCAAGCACGUCAUGGAGGACUUCGAAAUUCUCCGCUUCAUCGGUGAGGGCUCGUUCGGCACGGUGUUCGAGGUGCGCAACCUCCGGACCGGCGAGCUGCUCGCCAUGAAGCGCCUCUCCAAGGACUUCUACGCGAAGAAGGGCAAGACCGCAAAUGCGAUCCGCGAGAUCGCGAUGAUGCGCGCGGUCCCCGUCCACCCCUGCAUCGUGGCGCUCUUCUGCGCGGUGGAGUCCCCGGAGGAGUGGGCCCUGGUCAUGGAGCUCUGCCCCGGCGGCGACCUGCAGCAGCUGCUGCUGGCCGAGGGGCUGCCCGGCCUGCCUCUCGGCCUGAUUGCGCAGUUCACGUCGGAGUUGGCCCUGGGCAUCGAGCACUUCCACCAGUGCGGCAUCGCCUUCCGCGACGUGAAGCUCGAGAACGUCGUUCUGGACGCAGACGGGCACGCGAAGCUGACCGACUUCGGGUUGGCAAAGCUCCGGGACGACGCCGAGGAGGUGCGCGGCGACGACCGCCUGGCGUACGGCUCGUUCACCAGCACCUUCUGCGGCUCGCACGGCUACGCGCCCCCGGAGGUCAUGGUCGAGGGCAGCAGGCACCACGGCUUCGCGGUGGACCUGUUCGCCCUGGGGGUGCUGGUCUACAUGCUGCUGACGGGGGGCGAGGUCCACCGCGGCGAGGAGGAGGUGCGGCUGCCCCCCGAGGACGCCCGGGGCCUCCGGGAGCUCCUGGGCGGCGUGCCCUUCGAGCUGUACUCUGCGGGGCACGGCAUGCUCGGCCCGGCCGGCUCCCGGCACCGGGUGGAGAUGGAGGUCGGCGGCGCCCUGGUCGUCGCCUCCGCGCCCCUGGCGGCCUGCCGGGAGCCCCGCCAGGACGACCCGCACGACGGCGAGGAGUGGCUGCACUGGCUGCCCCCGUGUCCGCCCCCGUCGCCGCGCUCAGCGGGCGACCCGGAGUGGGAGGAGGACGAGGAGGCCACGCCGCCGCCACCGCCGGGGCCGCCGGCAGCGGCCUUCCCGCCGGCGGGCGGCUGCGCCGCGGACGGCCGGCGGUGGUCGGAGGCGGUGGACCUCGUGCUGCUGCUCUCCGAGGAGGAGCCGGUCCGCCGCGGCACCGCGAGGGGGCUGCGCGAGCACCCCUUCCUGGCCGCCGCGAUGGAGGAGGCGGAGGCGGCGCUGCUGCCGUGGAGGCGGGGCCCGCGCGCGGGCGGCGUGCCCCCGCUGCGGCUGCCGGGCGCGCAGGGCGCCGCCGCGGGGGCCCAGCAGCACGGCUGGUGCUCGCACUACGCGGGCCUGGCAGGAGCCGGCGUGUGAUGGCACGGGCCCCCUGCGGCCCUCGCCGAAGCAGCGCGGCUCCGCCCGGCCAGAAGGAGCGCGAUCUCUCAGGUGAGGGCCUGCUCGCUGCUUGCCGUGUCUCGGCGGGGGCCGCGCUGUGCCGCGACAUUCGCCGCCUCCUGUCGCGCCUGGGGCGCCGUGCAGCUCUGGCGAGGGCCGUGGAAUUUGAAGCGUGUGGCGCGGCGGCGCUCGCCCCCGACCUGUCCUCGACGGUGCAGCGAGGGAGGGCGCCGAGCCGGCCGAAAAGAAGCCAAUACCGCCCACACAAGUUCGAGCCUUGAGCCUCGCUCCUGGAGCCUCUCUCGG